AUGGCUGGCCUCAAGACCAUCAUCGCGCUCUCUUUCGUCCUGGCCAUCGGCUUCCUCCUCGUCAUCCUCUCGUGUGCGCUAUGGCACAACUACUUCCCGCUGCUUGUCGUCGCGACAUACGUUAUAGCGCCGCUGCCGAACUGGAUUUGUGGCAGAGCAGCCAAUCCAGAUGAUUUCAUGGAAAGCUCCAGCAGCGCUGUGAUUGAUUUCGGCCGCUUCCUCACCGGUUUCCUUGUUGUCAUGGGCAUUGCUCUGCCUGCUGCGCUCGCUCACUGCGCCCUCAUUUCCUCGUCUGCCAUGGUCAUGUCCAUCAUCGGUGGCCUUCUUAUCUACGGCACUAUCAUAAGUUUCACUAUGUUUUUCCAGGAGGAUGAGGAAUUCUAA